AAGCAACGAUAAUUUCUUAAAAGUAUUGAGUUUGUAGCCCUUCGUCGAUUAAAACGAACAACAUAAAGAUUCAUAAAACUUCUAUAGAUGUUUAGUUUUUUCUAAUUUGUAAUUUUUAAACUUGAAUUCAUAUAAGUAAGAACAAAAUUGGAAGCUAGAAACACAAAUUUGCUUAUAAAUAGUGUGAAAUUACGCCAUAUAAAAGAUUAUUCAAUAGACUUGUGAGGCCAAAAUGCAGACCAUUAAAUGUGUUGUCGUCGGAGAUGGUGCUGUCGGUAAAACGUGUCUCCUCAUCUCAUACACAACUAACAAAUUCCCAUCUGAAUACGUUCCAACUGUUUUCGAUAACUAUGCAGUUACAGUCAUGAUAGGUGGUGAGCCAUACACAUUAGGAUUGUUCGAUACUGCCGGUCAGGAGGACUACGAUCGUUUGAGACCGUUGUCAUAUCCACAAACCGAUGUAUUUCUUGUGUGCUUUUCUGUUGUUAGUCCAAGUUCAUUCGAAAAUGUUAAAGAAAAGUGGGUCCCAGAGAUUACACAUCACUGUCAAAAAACACCAUUCUUGCUAGUCGGUACACAAAUCGAUUUACGCGAUGAGAAUGGAACAUUGGAAAAGUUGGCAAAGAAUAAACAAAAACCGAUUACAUUAGAGCAAGGCGAGAAAUUGGCAAAAGAAUUAAAGGCGGUCAAAUAUGUUGAAUGUUCGGCAUUGACACAAAAAGGAUUAAAAAAUGUAUUUGAUGAAGCGAUUUUAGCUGCUCUUGAGCCACCAGAACCCGCAAAAAAGAAGAGAUGCAAGAUCUUGUAGAAAGCCCUCAAACUAUCUUCAAAUUAACAACAACAAUCGACUUAUUAUCUUUUUAUAUCAAAGUUCUAAAUGCAAACUUUCUUGAAGAGCUUUUAAUUUUUUUCUUAUAAUUUUUCAACUUUUCCAAGUUUAUUUGUAAUAAUAACGUUUAAAACUAUGAAGAAAAUCCUAUCGCAGAAAAUAAUUGUGGGAUAGAAAAUUAUAUGAAAAGAAAAUAAUGUUAUUUUAUGUCGUACGCAACGCAUACAUAAGAUUCUUACAUCUUUAUUAUUAUUUGGGUUAUUAACCACUUAUAAAUUAUUCUAUUUUACUUAUUUUUUUACAUAAUCACUAUCCGUCAAUAAGUAUUUCUUUCUUUUCAAGAAGAAGAAGC